GGCAGGUAUGAGAUGGCGGCGGGAGCACCGGCGCCUGGCGGGCGGCGCGGCGGCAGUGAUGCCAUCUGCAAUUUUGUCAUUUGCAACGACUCCUCCCUCCGCAGCCAGCCCAUCAUCUUCAACCCUGACUUCUUUGUGGAAAAGCUGCGCCAUGAAAAACCAGAGGUGUUCACAGAGCUGGUUGUCAGCAACAUUACCAGGCUGAUUGACUUGCCUGGGGCAGAGCUGGCCCAGCUGAUGGGAGAGGAGGACCCAAAGCUGCCUGGGACAAACAGCACAGCUUCCGGAUUUUUCCGGUCUCUAAUGUCUCUGAAGCGCAAAGAGAAAGGGGUGGUGUUUGGCUCGCCGCUGACGGAAGAAGGAAUUGCACAGGUUUCCCAGCUAAUCGAAUACCUGCACAAAAAUCUAAGAGCAGAAGGCUUGUUCCGGGUGCCAGGCAACAGCAUCAGGCAACAGAUGCUCAAGGAUGCUCUGAACAGUGGUACAGAUAUUGACCUGGACUCUGGGGAGUUUCAUUCCAAUGAUGUGGCCACUCUCCUUAAGAUGUUCCUGGGUGAACUACCAGAGCCUCUGCUGACACACAAGCACUUCCAUGCCCACCUCAAAAUUGCAGACUUGACGCUGUUUGAUGAGAAGGGGAAUAAGACCAGCACUCCAGACAAAGAGCGCCAAAUUGAAGCCCUCCAGCUGCUGUUUCUGAUCCUCCCUGCGCCCAACCGCAGUCUACUCAAACUGCUGCUGGACUUACUCUACCAGACUGCCAAGAAACAGGACAAGAACAAGAUGUCUGCCCACAAUCUUGCCCUCAUGUUUGCACCCCACAUCCUGUGGCCCAGAAAUGUGACAGCAAAUGACCUUCAGGAGAAUAUCACUAAGCUAAACAAUGGAGUGACCUUCAUGAUCAAACACUCUCAGAAACUCUUCAAGGCCCCAGUGUACAUCCGGGAGUGUGCCAGGCUGCACUACCUGGGAUCCAGAGCCCACACAUCAAAGGAUGACCUGGAUUUGCUGCCGUCUCCGGGCUCCAGGGAGCUGCAGCCCCUCAAGUCUCAGAAGAGAAGCCGACUGGACACUUGCCAUCAGGAGGAGACCCAGCAGCGCACAGAGGAGGCACUGAAGGAGCUCUUCCGCCAUGUCCACAAUAUGCCUGACUCUGCAAAGAAGAAGAAGCUUAUCCGGCAGUUUAAUAAGCAUCCUGCAGCCCUCACUCCCGGCCCUGAUGUCCCCACAUCGCCGGCACCGCGACGCGCCCGCUCGCGCUCCUUCAGUGGUCUCAUUAAGCGGAAGGUUUUGGGAACACCGGUUAUUCUGGAGAGGAAGAGCAGGGAUGCCACUCCGGAGCCUGAGCGAGUCAGCAAAGAAAAUGUCCACCUGUUACAGAAGUGUGGAUCUCCAGCUCACAUGUCCCAAGCAAAGCUGAAAUCUUUGGAGGGCCGAAAAGAGGAGUCCUGCCGGCGCCUGCGAGCCCGCCUGCUGUCCAAGGAGUCGGCCUCCCUCUGAAUCCCCUCCCGCUGCGUGGCUGGGGAGGGCCCGGCCUCCAAGCUGUGAACGUGGUGCUGCCCUGCAGGGAGUGCUCAGCUCAGGGCAGCCCUCCCCAGCAUGGCAGCGCUCUUGGAACUGGACCUUUGCAAAGACUGCAGGGACUUGUUUCUUUCUGUAUAUAAGUUAUAUUUCAUUCUACUAUGGGGCAAACCACUAUCUAACCAAAAGUUGUGCAGCAUGUCUGACCCUCUGGCUCUGGGAAGAGCUGGAGUGCUUGCUUACAAGGAGAGCCCUGUGCACUGCAGGGGCCCUGUGUGCACUCCCAGCUCUGUGCUGUUGCUAGGCUGUAUAUUUUUUUGCUGUUCUGCUCUGAGUUUUUUAAUAUGUUGGCUUGCUUGUGCUCCUUCCCCUCUGUUAGCAGCCAGAACGAUGGACUCCAGCCUUCACCUGCAUGCUGACAGCUGUCUUUACAUCCAGGCCUCUGGAACCAUGCCCUCCUGCUCUGCUGUGCUCUGCUGGCCCCAAAAGGCUGGAGCCAAAUGGUAGAGAGCAGAUUUGGAGAAGGGGAGAGGCUCUGGGUGCCAUCAUUUCAAGUAGAAACAAGGCAAAGCAGCUUCCCCAAUAAACUUAUCCCAGUUUCAGCUUGAGCUGGAGACAGCCCUUGCUCCCUGCCUUCACAUUUCCCUGGCCCAGCUCUGCCUGGUGAACAAGGAGUGUCGCUCUCUGCUUUGUGUCCGCUCAGGGAGACUGAGCUAAAUGGGGCAGGACAGCCCAGCCUGUGGAAGCUGGGGUAUCUGGAGCAGGCAGAGGCUUGUGCCUGUGUGCGCAGCAUUGGAACAGUGUGAGAGAGGACUCCGACCCUUUGUGAUCUGUUGCAAAGGGUGCCACGGGCUUGGGCUGAAGACGUCUGGAUGGCUGGUCAGGCAAUGGGCUGAUUAGUCAUUAAACUGGGGAAAAGAGCUGGAGAUCAGUUCAGCUUUUCAGCCUGAGCUGCAGAAAUGAGAUGAAACCAUCUAGAUGUGGGAUAAACCCCCAACACAGCUGGCCAGCGUCAGCUGCCUUGUUAAGCUGAAGUGCUCUAGUAAGCCAAUCUUGCCAAGUACCUGUCUGCAAAGCGCUUUGGGGUAGGAAACACACAGGGUCACUACUGUGAAAUAAAGAUUUGAUCAGCUGGGCAACCAUCUAAACACUUCUCAGCCCUUCUUGGCAAAGCAAAUAAUCUCCAGAAUCCAAUUAUAAUUGUCUUCUAAUCUUUAAGAACCAGCAGCUGGCGGGAGCUAGAGCUCUAUCCUUGACAGCUUUCUGAGACAACUGGUGGCAGGAGGUGUGAAUAUCAGGAUGUGAGCAGAGGGAGUUCAGUCAGACUGGCUAGAGCUGUCAAAACAGGGCCUUGGAGCCCUGUGCAGCUUACCUGGAAUUUGUCACUUUUUUGAACUGUGGUAUUUUUUUUACACUGUUUUUGAGAUCCAAAGCAAUGUGUCUGAUGCUGCUCUGUCCAAAGGAUGUUCCUGGUAUGUUUAUCAGGGGUGCCUGUCCCCAGUCUGACCCCAAAGUGGAGUGGCUGCCUUGAAAAUGUAAGGGGUAGUGGGACUGUAGAUGUGUGAAUUGGGAGUUGCUGUUGUUAGGAGCCUCUGUCACAGCAAAAAGAGUGAGCUCUGGUUCUUCAGGGCCCAGACAGGCAAGGAUGCUGUGAGGAAAGGCAGAGGCUGUUUGCUGUGGUAGCAGUAUGUGCUUUUUGAAUGUGUCUAACUGUUCUCUCAGAGGCUGAAGCAGUCUCUGUGCUCUUCUCUUAAGGGCACCCGGUGUUUUCUGACUGCACUUCUACCCUGCAGUCUGCUAGUGAUGGGGACCUGGGCUUUGCCUCUGGGCAGAGCUGAAGGCUGAGUGGCAGCUGCCUCUGAUCUGACUUGCAUCAGGGUGAUUGCUGGGUGAAGCACUUGUUCAUCCUAUCCCUCCUCUCCCCAUCACCCCCAGCUUACCUGAGCAUGUAUCUCUGCAUGGGUGUCUGCUUGGCAAGGCGGUCUUGUCCCUAAGACUAAAUACAGUGCUUCUAUUUAGAUGAGAAGAAAAUAAUUCUUCCCUCCACUGUCUCCCCUCACUGAUGGCUUUAGCUUGGGGACUCCAGUCUGGCUUCUGGCACAGCUGAGAUUUACUUAGCACUAAGGAAAACUCUAUUGGGCAUUGGCCCAGUUCUGCAUGUCUUGGAUGCCUUCCAUGCCAAAGGGGCAGGUGCAGGCUUCAGGCAGGGCAGUCCCAGGAGGGCUUCAGUGCCCUGGUUGCUGUUGAACAUGAUGCAGCUCCCUCUGUGCUGAGGUUGAGGGUGGCCAACAGAUUCAGUAGAUUCAGCCUCCAGGACCCUUGGCUGCUGCAGUCCCGAUGCGUUCACGCUGUCUCGCAGGCACGGUGGGGGGUUUCAGUCAUGCUUGGAUGUGUCUCAUUUGUCUGCCCUGUGCAAUGACUCACAAGGAUCCUUCCUCCCAGAGCAGCCACUAACUGUUCCCAGAGUCAUUUGUUUCCAAAGUAUUUUUAAUCUUUGUCCUUAUUUAUAUGUGCAGUGUAUGUACUGUUCCAGACUGCUGCCUUUCCGUGUGUUCAUG